GGAGCUGAAAAUCAGUGCUGUAUUUUCAGUCAGUGGCAGUCCUCUUGCUCCACAGCUGUCAUCAGGUUUCCAGCCUGCUGUGGCAUCCUCUGGCAUGAGUAAAAUGCUUCCUUCAGUUCCAAACACAGCUGUUCGGGUUUCCUGUUCUGGCUGUAAAAAGAUCCUGCAGAAGGGGCAAACAGCCUACCAGAGGAAAGGCUCUACCCAGCUCUUCUGCUCCACACUGUGCCUCACUGGAUACACUGUUCCAGUCUCUCGCCCACCAGCUUCUACCAAGAAAACCUGCUCAAGCUGCUCGAAAGACAUUCUCAACCCAAAGGAUGUAAUCACUGCCCAGUUUGACAACACAAGCUCCAGUAAGGAUUUCUGCAGCCAGUCUUGUCUUUCUACAUAUGAACUGAAAAGGAAACCUGUUGUAACAAUUCACACCAACAGCAUUUCAACCAAAUGCAGCAUGUGCCAGAAGAAUGCAGUGAUCAGGCACGAGGUGAACUACCAGAACGUGGUGCACAAGCUCUGCAGUGAUGCCUGCUUCUCCAAGUUCCGCUCGGCUAACAACCUCACCAUGAACUGCUGUGAGAACUGUGGAGGCUACUGCUACAGUGGCUCUGGCCAGUGCCACGUGCUUCAGAUAGAGGGACAGUCCAAAAAGUUCUGCAGCUCGUCAUGUGCGACAGCAUACAAGCAGAAGUCAGCUAAAAUUACACCUUGUGCACUGUGUAAAUCUUUGAGAUCUUCAUCUGAGAUGAUAGAGAGCACAAAUAACUUGGGAAAAACUGAACUCUUUUGCUCUGUUAACUGCUUGUCAGCAUAUAAAGUAAAAAUGGUUACUUCUUCAGGUGUUCAAGUUCAGUGCAACAGCUGUAAAACUUCAUCAAACCCUCAGUACCACUUGGCCAUGUCGGAUGGGAGCAUACGCAACUUUUGCAGCUACAACUGCGUAGUAGCUUUUCAGAACUUGUUCAACAAGCCUGCAGGGAUGAACUCCUCGGUGGUGCCCCUGUCGCAAGGUCAAGUCAUUGUGAGUGUUCCCUCAGGCUCAACGGUAUCGACCAGCGUCACCACCUCCACUGUGUCCCCCAGCUCCAUGAGCAGCAGUUCAGCUGCAGCUGGUUUACAGAGGCUGGCUGCCCAGUCCCAGCAAGUCACUUUUGCUCGUCCUGUUGUCAAACUCAAGUGUCAGCACUGUAACAGGUUGUUUGCGACCAAACCGGAGCUGCUUGAGUACAAGGGUAAGAUGUUACAGUUCUGUGGGAAGACCUGCUGUGAUGAAUAUAAGAAGAGAAGCAGCGUGAUGGCAAUGUGUGAAUACUGCAAAAUUGAGAAGAUCAUCAAGGAGACAGUGAGAUUCUCAGGAGUAGAUAAAACUUUCUGUAGUGAAGGUUGUAAACUGCUCUAUAAACAUGACUUGGCUAAGCGCUGGGGAAACCACUGCAAAAUGUGCAGUUACUGUUUACAGGCUUCCCCCAGACUGGUCCAGCAUCACUUUGGGGGGAAAAUGGAGGAGUUUUGCUCAGAGGACUGCAUGUCUAAAUUCACAGUUUUGUAUUACCAGAUGGCAAAGUGUGAUGGUUGUAAGAGGCAAGGUAAACUCUGUGAGUCCAUGAAAUGGCAAGGGGAGAUCAAGCAUUUUUGCAAUCUGCUUUGUAUUCUGUUGUAUUGUAAUCAGCAAAGUGCUCCUGACCCUUCACCCCCAAACAACACAGCAAACCUUUCUACAGCACCAGCUUCCUCCUCAGGCCCUCCUUCUUUGAGAAAGGACUCAACCCCUGUCAUAGCAAAUGUGGUGUCCCUUGCAAGCACCCCUGCUGCCCAGCCCACAGUUAACUCCAACAAUGUUUUACAGGGUGCAGUCCCUACUGUGACAGCAAAAAUAAUAGGAGAUGCUAGCACACAGACAGAUGCCCUAAAGCUUCCAUCAUCCCAACCACCCAGGCUGCUAAAAAACAAAGCAUUACUGUGCAAGCCAAUCACACAGACUAAGGCCACCUCAUGCAAACCUCACACACAAAACAAAGAAUGCCAGACAGAAGAAGUUCCACCCAAGGUCAUUGUGGUUCCUGUUCCUGUCCCAGUGUUUGUGCCAGUGCCCCUUCACCUCUACACUCAGUACACACCAGUUCCACUUGGGAUGCCAGUACCUGUACCAGUUCCCAUGCUCUUCCCAACUACCCUGGAAAAUGCUGAUAAGGCCAUGGAAACUAUUCAGGAUAUCAAGGAAAAGAUUCCCACAAGUCCAUUUGAAGCUGAUCUCCUUCAGAUGGCAGAAAUGAUUGCAGAAGAUGAGGAGAAAGAAAAAACACACUCUCAUGGUGGAUCUCAAACAUCUGAGCACGAACUCUUCCUGGACCCCAAGAUAUUUGAGAAAGACCAAGGUAGCACUUACAGUGGUGAUCUGGAGUCAGAAGCAGUGUCCACUCCUCAUAGCUGGGAAGAGGAGUUAAACCACUACACCCUACGAUCAAACACGCUGCCAGAACCGGAUCCAGAGGUGAAGCAGUUCUCCAAAGGGGAUGUGGAACAGGACCUGGAGGCAGAUUUUCCAUCAGACUCAUUUGACCCUCUCAGCAAAGGACUGGGUUUGCAUUCACGCUCACGAGCAAGACGGAGACACAGGGAUGGCUUCCCCCAGCCAAAGAGAAGGGGCAGGAAGAAGUCUGUCGUUCCUGUAGAGCCCCGGAGUCUGAUGCAGGGCUCCUACCCAGGCUGCUCUGUUUCUGGGAUGACCCUCAAGUAUAUGUAUGGGGUAAAUGCCUGGAAAAACUGGGUCCAAUGGAAAAAUGCACAGGAGGAACAAGGGGACCUGAAGUUUUCAGUUCGUCCUGUGAAGCUCAAGGAGGACCUCCUCUCAUGCACUUUUGCUGAGCUGAGCUUUGGCUUGUGCCAGUUUAUUCAAGAGGUGCGGAGACCAAAUGGAGAAAAAUAUGAUCCUGACAGCAUCUUAUACUUGUGCCUUGGAAUUCAGCAGUACCUGUUUGAGAAUGGUAGAAUAGAUAACAUUUUUACCGAGCCCUAUUCCAGGUUUAUGAUUGAACUUACAAAACUUUUGAAAAUCUGGGAACCUACAAUUCUUCCAAAUGGUUAUAUGUUCUCCAGAAUUGAAGAGGAACACUUGUGGGAGUGCAAACAGCUGGGUGCAUAUUCCCCUAUUGUUUUAUUGAACACUCUUCUGUUCUUCAACACCAAAUAUUUCCAACUAAAGAAUGUCAGUGAGCACCUGAAGCUGUCCUUUGCCCGCGUCAUGAGGCGCACCCGCACGCUGAAGUACAACACCAAGAUGACUUAUUUACGGUUCUUCCCACCCUUCCAGAAACAGGAGGUAGGUCCACAUAAAUUAUCUGUAGGCAAGAGGAAACGCAGUGAAGAUGAGGAGAUUGCAACAGCAGUGGAAAUGGCUGAAAAUACAGACAACCCCCUGCGCUGCCCUGUCCGGCUCUAUGAGUUUUACCUCUCAAAAUGCUCUGAGAGUGUGAAGCAGAGAAGCGAUGUGUUCUACCUUCAGCCCGAGCGCACCUGCGUCCCCAACAGCCCCAUGUGGUAUUCCACACUGCCAAUAGACCCAGGAACCUUGGACAUCAUGUUAACAAGGAUUCUAAUGGUGAGGGAGGUACAUGAAGAACUUGCCAAAGUCAAAUCAGAGGACUCUGAUAUUGAGUUGUCAGACUAACUGAAGUGUGGGGUGUUUUUUUUCCUUUGAAUACGCAUCAGAAGCACCAAACUGUGAAUACAUCCAGCCUUUGGAAAAUGUAUAUCAAAACAACAACAACAAAAAAAAGGGCCAAGAUAGUGUCACCUACAGGCAUAUUUUGAACCACAGUGGAUGUACAAACUGGAACU